UAGACAAUUCCUCCAUUCGUCAGUUUUCGGGUGAAGAGGCAGCGCAGUUUGGUGUUUCAUUGAGCGGCCUGCCUAUAGAAAACAGAAUCAUGGCCAAAACCAUCUCCCUUACCCAGGCAAACAAGGAGCAUGCCCUUGUUGUAUCCAGGGAUUUCAUUUCCCAGCCCCGUCUGACGUACAAAACAGUGUCAGGUGUAAAUGGGCCACUUGUAAUCCUCGAUGAGGUGAAAUUCCCCAAAUUCUCUGAGAUUGUACAACUGAAGCUUGCAGAUGGCACUCUACGAUCUGGACAGGUGUUGGAGGUCAGCGGCUCCAAAGCCGUUGUUCAGGUGUUCGAGGGUACAUCGGGUAUUGAUGCCAAAAACACACUUUGUGAAUUCACCGGCGACAUCCUGCGUACACCCGUGUCUGAAGAUAUGUUGGGCCGUGUGUUCAACGGCUCUGGCAAGCCCAUCGACAAGGGACCCCCAAUCUUGGCUGAGGCCUUCUUGGACAUCCAGGGUCAGCCCAUCAACCCCUGGUCGCGUAUCUACCCCGAGGAAAUGAUCCAGACUGGUAUCUCCGCUAUUGACGUGAUGAACUCGAUCGCCCGUGGUCAGAAGAUCCCCAUCUUCUCGGCUGCUGGUCUUCCACACAAUGAGAUUGCUGCCCAGAUCUGUAGGCAGGCCGGUCUCGUCAAGGUGCCCGGUAAAUCCGUGCUCGACGAUCACGAAGACAAUUUCGCCAUUGUGUUCGCCGCCAUGGGUGUGAACAUGGAGACGGCCAGGUUCUUCAAGCAGGACUUCGAGGAGAACGGCUCCAUGGAGAACGUGUGCCUGUUCCUCAACCUGGCCAACGACCCCACCAUCGAGAGGAUCAUCACACCACGCCUGGCCCUCACGGCCGCUGAGUUCUUGGCUUACCAGUGCGAGAAACACGUGUUGGUAAUCUUGACCGACAUGUCCUCGUACGCGGAGGCUCUGCGUGAGGUGUCGGCCGCCCGUGAGGAGGUGCCCGGCCGUCGUGGUUUCCCCGGUUACAUGUACACGGAUUUGGCGACGAUCUACGAGCGCGCGGGCCGCGUGGAGGGCCGCAACGGCUCCAUCACGCAGAUCCCCAUCCUCACUAUGCCCAACGAUGACAUCACCCAUCCCAUCCCCGAUCUCACGGGGUACAUCACCGAGGGGCAGGUGAGUGGCCGGAGAGCGGUCGGGGUGUUUAGUUAAUGGGCUGGGCACUUA